AUGUCUCUCGCUCAGAAUAACUAUAUCGUGACACUCCCCGUCACCCCCUUAUCGCCGAGGUCAUUGGAUGUCCGGUCAAUCGCUCAGCGAUGGAUCACCAAUCUGGAGGCUCUCCUGAACAACGGGGAAUAUUCGCGACUUUCCGAGCUCGUACACGAAGAGUCUUGGUGGCGUGACAUGUUGGCAUUGGAAUGGGAUUUUCGUACGAUUCAGAACCGCAACUCUGUCCAGGACUUCCUUCACCGGAACCAGCCCCGCUCUCAGCUUUCGGGGUUGCGACUGCAGCAUGAAGGCAAAUUCCAACCUACGCUCGAAGACCCGGCCGAGGGUCUCAGGUGGAUAUCUUCAAUGUUCUUCUUCGAGACGCGGAUGGGACGCGGUGCGGGUGUUCUUCGUUUGACUCAGGAUGAGGCGGGCGCAUGGAAGGCUUACGCGAUCUAUACAGCUUUGCAGGAGUUGAAGGACUUUGAGGAGCCUCUUGGUACAAGACGAGCAGAGGGUACAAUCGAGUCGAUGCCUGGGGGACUCAGCCAAGGGAACUGGAAGGAACGAAGACAAAGGAAGAUGGAAUUUCUGGAAGAAGAGCCGGCCACACUUGUCAUUGGCGCCGGCCAGGCGGGCCUCAACACAGCUGCCCGCCUUGAAUCUCUAGGUGUCUCUUGUCUGGUUGUUGAUCGAAACGAAAGAAUCGGGGAUAACUGGAGAAAUCGAUACCGAACACUUGUCACGCACGAUCCGGCAGAAUUCACCCACAUGGCUUACCUUCCGUUCCCUAAGAACUGGCCCCAGUUCACCCCUAAAGACAAACUUGCCGACUGGUUCGAAGCCUACGCAACUAUCAUGGAGCUGAACGUAUGGCUCCGAACUAGCAUCAAAUCUGCAACGUACGACGAUGCAAAGGCAGAGUGGACUGUUGUUGUCGGUCGGGGUGACGGAUCCGAGCGAACCCUUCAUCCGCGACAUUUGAUCUGGUGUACCGGUCACUCCGGCGAACCAAAGAUUCCCACAUUCCCCGGCCAGGCACAGUUCAAGGGAAAGGUCUAUCACGGCAGCCAGCAUCAAGAUGCCUCCGAACACAACGUUAGAGGCAAGAAAGUCGUCGUUGUUGGAACCGGAAACAGUGGACAUGAUAUUGCCCAGAACUUUUAUGAAAAUGGUGCAGAAGUCACUAUGCUGCAGCGGAGUGGCACCUAUGUGAUCACAGCCGAGAAAGGAGUCUUCAUGAUGCAUGAAGGCCUUCAUGAAGAGAAUGGACCUCCAACGGAAGAAGCAGAUAUCAUUCACGAGAGUCUACCAUAUCCCGUACAAUUUGCGCUCGAUGUCAGUUUCACCAAGAGGGUGUACGAAGCGGAGAAGGAUAUCUUGAUAGGUCUGCAAAACGCGGGAUUCGAGCUCGACUUUGGCGUAAAUGGAGCAGGUCUCUUGCGGGCUUACAUGACCCGAGGUGGGGGCUAUUACAUCGACGUUGGAUGCAGUUCGUUGAUUGCGGAUGGCAAAAUCAAGGUCAAGCGCAGCCCCGAAGGAAUCACUGGCUUUAACGAGAAGAGUCUACUCCUGAAGGACGGUAGCUCUCUCGAUGCAGAUAUUGUUGUUCUUGCUACCGGAUACGACAACAUGCGCACCACUGUGCGUAAAACGCUGGGUGAUCAGGUAGCCGAUCGAUGCAAAGAUGUCUGGGAUCUCGACGAGGAGGGUGAAGUGAACGCGAUGUGGCGCCCCAGCGGUCAUCCGGGCUUCUGGUAUAUGGGUGGAAACCUCGCCCUCUGUCGAGUUUACUCGAGGUUCUUGGCCUUGCAGCUUAUUCCAGCUGCUCAUGUUCUUUUAGACCCGCUGCGACCGUUCCAUUCCGUGCUCUCAAUGCGCCAUGGUGAAAUCCAAAUGCUCUUACUCCCCUCGGUACAAGCGGAGAGAGAAACGUCAACGAGUCAUGAUCUCAGCGCGAUAGUUAGUCAGGUCUUCCAAUCUGUUUGUGAAGACGCUGAUAAUUUCCGCAGUGAAGAAAAAGUGGACAAUCUCACGAGGAAGUUAGAGGAACUGCAUUUGAAAGUCGAUCAAAUGAACAAUGCUUCGUCUCCGGCAACAGUUCCCACCAACGUUCAACAGUCAGCGACUGGAACUGACGGGAGCCCCAAGCAUGCCUGCUCAGAUGUCUCCAGAGGUGACAAGGUUGAAUAUGAGGGCGAAUCAUCCUUUUCCGCGCACGCGCUAUUUGCCACCAAGUUUCUUCAGAACGUUGUUAGCAAUAACGACUACCCCAAGGACGUCGUGCAGGAGAUGACAUCCAUAGUUGACACACUUCGGGAGAUAAUACACGUUCAAAAGCAGCAACCGGACUGUCUCGAAGAGCUAUAUCCUCAUGCUAUACCGCUGUCAGGUGAUUCAAGUUUGCGACAUCUGCCAUUGCCUCCAAUCGAUGUAGCUCUCUCGUGCUUGUGGAAGGUCAAAGACACCCCCUUCAUUCGUUGGAACUGGUCCCUCGAAUUUGUUUCAGUAGCACAGUUCACCGACUACUUUUUAAAAGUAUAUUCUCCGGCCCCAGCCACCAAUGCCGACUUGAUAAUUGUCAAUGCAGGCUUGUUUUGGCUCUUUAGCGAGAGCGCAGAACUGGCCAUUGAUCAAAAAACAGAAAGUGAUUAUCGAGAACAUGCUUUGAGAUGUAGAGAUAAUCUCGAGACCGUUCUUUCAAACCUCCCUUUUCAUGCUCCUGUGACCAUAGAUUAUGUUCUUGCCAUGAGCGUUGCCACAACAUAUUGCCGACAAUCCGCCAAACCAUCACUUGCAUGGACCUUCAUCACAAACGCGUCCUUCAUGUGUCAAGCGCUCGGUCUUCACAACGCCCAUGCUCUCCACACGGAGAGCCCUGAAGUUAGACGACAAAAUAUCCAUCUAUUCUGGGUUGUGUACACCACGGAGCGCGUGCUUUCAUUGCGACUCGGUCGUUCAUCUACAUUCCGUGACCAGGACAUUACUGUUCCUCGGUUGGACAUCCUGGAUGACCGGGAACCGGAUUCACUCCUUAAUCCUGUUUUAUCUAGGUGGAUUGACACGGCAGGUCUGCAGGGCCGAACAUACGAUGAGAUAUAUAGCCCGGGUGCUUUGGCCGAGCCUGUGCAUGUCCGAGAGUCCCGCGCCAGGACUCUGGCAGCUGAGUUGAAGAAGGUGAUAUAUCGCGAGGAUAGUUUUGAACAAAGAUAUCUCCAUGUCAGACGCCACGCACUCGGCGACGCAAUCCACGAACUCAUCUGGCGCGCCGACCAAGUCGCCAGCCUCUCCCUCCUCACCCUCAUCUACCGAGGCAUUCCUCCGCCUCUCCCUUCCAGAGCGGCCUUUUCCAACGAAUGCAUUACAACCGCCCGCGAAGCCCUCCACGAGCACGAAAAGUCUAUCUCCAUCAUCACCACCGCCAAAUCCCAUCAGAACUUCCUAGAACUCUAUCUAACCUUCUCCCUCCUCGAAUCCCCCUUCCUCCCAUUCAUAGUCCUAUUCUGCCACGUCAUCGAGACCUCCUCCCCAGACGACCUCCGCCGUCUGGGCACAGUCGUCCAAGCCCUUCAAUCCACAUCCCCUUCGGCAUUCCACCGCGCCUACAGCAAGCAAUUCCGUCUCUUCAGCGCCCUGUACCACGUCGCGAGAAAAUACGUCGAAGUGAAAGCGUCUCGGCCGCGCGGAUGGAUGAUGAAUCGAGUUGAUUUCAACCCGGGUGGUGAUGCGGGUGUUGGGAGUGGGAUGAUAAUGCCCGGUGCGGCGUCUACGUCUAUUUCGGCGACCGGCUCUGGCGCUGGGUCCUUGGUUAUGAAAUUUCCGUUUCCGGGGUCCAUGUCUUCGAUGGAUCGGAUAGCUACCGGAGAGGGAGUUGGGACGUCGGUUCGAGAGACAGAGAACCGUCUCGUCGGUGGGGAGGAUCCUGUGAAUCAGGAAGAUGGAAGGGAUGAGUUUGACAUGCAGCAGGCUGCGCAGAUGCAAAUGCAAAUGGAACCGAGUAUGGAAGUAGAUGCUAUAGGCAUGGAGCUGGGGAAUUGGUUUCAUGAGAAUCAGCAGAUGUUGAAGUUCUUGGAUGAUAGUUAUCUUUUUGGAAACCCAUGA